AUGGCUGAAGCCCAUAGUGCUGUUGCACUUUCGUUCACCGUCACUCACGACGGUGUUUCUGUAAGCUAUGAUCAAGAGCUACUGCACGACAUCUGGCAUGCGUUUCAACGCGGGUACAAAAGAAGAAUUGGACGUUUUAAGAAUAAUUUUAUGGCUGGAAUGUUUCCGGCCAAUUCGCUCACGAUUUCACUGGUAGUUGGUGCCAUUUCUAUCUUUUCUAUGUUUCAUCACGACCUUUCGUUUGGAAUACUUCCUUUGAUAGAGUAUCACAUUCUCUACUUCCUAUUUGGAGAUGGUAUUUUGGGCUUCUGUGUUUCGCUUUUAAUCUCAGGCGCUUUUGUCUGGUUUGUGUUAGUGCAACUUUUGAGACUAACAACAAAGCUACUUCUCUCCUAUAAGGGAUGGAUGUAUGAACAACCUGGAAAAGCGAUAUCUACUCCUACUAAACUAUGGCUGGGUGUUUUGAACCUAAUGUCAAAAUCUGGACCCAUGAUGCAUUCUUAUCAAGGAGCAUUACCUCAUCUACCCCUGCCAUCCCUUAAUGAAACUAUAGAGAGGCAUCUGCUUUCAAUGAGACCACUACUGGAUGAUGAGGAGUACGAGGAGCUUGAACAUCUGUCAGAAGUCUUCCGCAAAGGACUUGGUAGAAGACUGCAGAGAUAUUUGUCGCUCAAAUCUUGGCUAAGUACUAACUAUGUCACCGAUUGGUGGGAGGAAUUUGUAUAUAUGCGCCAGCGUAGCCCUAUAAUGAUCAACAGCAAUUACUAUGGUUUCGGCACACUGCAUGAACAGCCAACCAUGAAUCAAGGUGCUCGCGCCGCAAACGUCACCUACGCUGCUUUGCAAUUCCGUCGCCAGGUGGAUCGACAAGAAGUGUCACCUUUCUCCAUCGCACCUCGAACAAAGGUCCCAUUCUGUACGAUGCAGUACGAACGACUGUUUAACAGUUGCCGUGUGCCUGGAGAAGAGUGCGAUCAGUUCUUCCACUGGGAUGAUGCUAAGCAUGUAGCCGUGUACAACAGAGGGUGCUGGUUCAAAGUAAUUGUGCACAAUGGAAAAAGGCUACUGGAACCGUGUGAGAUUCAACACCAAUAUGAUGCCAUUCUUAAUCAAGAGGUGGAGCCACUUCCACUGGAGAGACAUCUAGCCGCUCUCACCGCUGGAGAACGCACACAUUGGGCACAAAUUCGUCGAGCGUAUUUCCGUUCCGGUAUCAAUAGAACCAGUUUGAAUGACAUUGAGCGAGCUGCGUUCGUUGUUAUACUCGAUGAUGAGGAAGUUUAUUACGAUAAGAAUGACUCCACCAAAUUGGAUCGUUGGGCACAUGUUCUACUCCAUGGAAAAGGAUACGAUCGAUGGUUCGACAAAUCGUUCAAUAUCAUUAUUUCGAAGAAUGCCCGUAUAGGAUGUAAUACUGAACAUUCUUGGGGUGAUGCUGCAGUGACUGCUCACUUCAUGGAAUAUAUGUCGUUGAAAGACAUUAUGUCUUUGGGGUACGACGAGAAUGGAAACUGUAAGGGAGAACCUGUUGUUCGCGUGAAACCCGAGCGCCUGAAGUGGAAUAUUCCGGAGGCAGCAUUGGAUGCAAUUGAAGUGUCUAUGAAAGUCGCGCAGAAUUUGAUCGAUGAUGUGGAAAUGGCCCUUCUAGUGUGGACAGAUUAUGGGAAAGGUUUCAUAAAGAAACUGAAUGUUUCUCCGGACGCUUUCCUUCAGAUGUGUCUGCAAUACACUUACUUCAAGAAUCAAAACAAAUUCUCCCUGACUUACGAGGCAUCUAUGACUCGUUUGUACCGUGAGGGUCGCACUGAAACAGUCCGCUCGUGUACAAUACAGUCGGUAGCAUUUGUAAAAGCCAUGAUGGACCCCACAAAAACUCGUGCUGAGCGUCUCAAUCUGCUCAGAACAGCGUGCGAUCGUCAUCAACAGCUGUAUAGGGAUGCUAUGUGCGGUAAAGGUGUAGACCGACAUUUAUUUGCACUAUACGUGAUCAAGCGCUAUCUCGAAGAAGAAUCACCGUUUUUCGACAAAAUCUUCCCUCCAAUGUACUUAUUAUCGACAAGUCAAACCCCACUGAAUCAAGUGGAGACUGAAAUGUACGGAAUGAGUGAGGAGCAGAAGUUGAAACUCACAACGGCUGGUGGUGGCUUUGGACCAGUAGCUGAUCGUGGAUACGGAGUUUCUUACAUUGUUGCUGGUGAACAUCAAAUUUCGUUCCAUAUUUCUAGCAAACGAUCUGCAGAUAAUACGAGUUCGAAGCAGUUCCGUGAGGAGUUACAAUCCACGCUAAGAGAUAUGAAAGCUCUUUUCGAGGAACCAGCUAAAUGA